AUGAAGCAUAUUUUAGCAGUUGUCAUUUUAUUUGCAACCUUCUAUGUUGCAACAUCGAAUUGCUUAGGUACGGCAUUGCCUGAUGGUGGUAUCUUACUUGACUUUGAAAUCCAAAGCGGUGACACAUACGACACUUUGUCACUGAAAAACGGGCCACACUUAUACAAAAGAGAUGGUGAUGUGAAAUUGACUCUUCGCAAUGAACUUAACAUGUACGUUGCUACCCUUGAGGUUGGAUCUAAUAACCAAAAGAAUACAGUCGAAAUUGAUACAUUUUCAUCAGAUUUAUUCUUUAUGGCCAAAGGAGUGAAGUGCGUUGAAGAUGCGGACUUUUACUAUGACUACUAUGACUUAUACUAUGAAAAGAGAAGAAGAAGAGACUACAUCUCCAAGCAAAAUAAUGAAGAUUUUGCAGAACGUGAUUUCGUGGGUGAUUUCUCUAGCUCAUUUGAUUCCGAGACUUCUGUAUAUGGUGUCGAAACUGGUGAUGCAACAGACUUUAGGGUUGAAACAGCCACAGGAACAUCCUCUAGUGACACUACCACAAACACCUGUACUAACUAUGGGUCAUUUGAAACAUCGCUGUCUUCAUCAUUCAAAAGGAACGAAACUGCACCUGCUUUUGUGAUCUUUUGGGAUGACGGCAGUGCUCAUGGAAUAUGGGGACAUGAUUCAAUUAAAAUUGGAAGUACUACUCUUGACUCUGUAUCAUUUGCAAUUGUGGACGAGUCUUCAAAAUUCAUUGGUGGGCUUGGUAUUGGUUUACCUGGACUGGAGAAUACCAAGUUCCUAUCAAAACUGGAGAAUGUCACAAGUUAUGAAUAUCUGAAUUUCCCUGUUCUUUUAAAACAACAAGGUGCAAUUAAAAAAAUGGUGUAUUCACUAUAUUUAAAUGCAGCGAGUGCCUCAGCUGGCUCAGUUUUAUUCGGAGCAGUUGAUCAUGCCAAAUACUCUGGGACUUUAGUAACGGUUCCUGUACUUGGUAAUGCUACUUACAGUCCUCAUGGCAUCCAAGUAAUGGUUGAUGGUAUUAGCAUGGAAGAUGGAAGCAGCGACAUUUCUAUAACUUCCAAUAAAUACGCUGCUACUUUGGGUACUGGUUUCAGUUUCACGUACUUUCCUGAAAGUUUAUUCUAUAAAAUUUUAGGCUCCUUAGAAAUUGUUGAAUAUUUAAACUAUGAUUAUAUUGUCAAUUGUCCCAAGAGUACCGAUGAUUUUGCUAUUAAAUUCAAUUUCAGUGGUUUGACAAUUUCUGUUCCAUAUUCAAAUUUAGUUAGAGGUUAUUAUUCUAAUUCAUCUGCAACUACUGAUCAGUGUUAUUUAGCAUUUGGAGCUACGUCCGAAGAUUUUAUAAUAUUAGGAGAGAACGUUUUGAGUAGCGGUUACUUUGUUUAUGAUUUAGAGGAUUUAACCGUUUCCUUAGCACAAGCUAAGUACACUGAUGAAACCGAUAUAGAAGUCAUUUCUAGUAGUAUUCCAAGGGCUAGCAAAGCUUCCUUGUACUCAUCUACAAAUUUCGAGACUGGAAUUGUAGAAUCGUCUGCGGAAACUAUUUUCUCUUACGCAACUGGAACCUUUACGUCUUACGAUCUUACAGCUGAAGCUGGUAUCUUUGAAGCUACUGAAACAAGUUCUGGAGCCCAAACUGGUUUGAAAACAGGCACUGGAUCUGGCACCACUAGUUCAAAAUCCAGUUCUUCUCCGACUACUUCUUCGACAACGAAACGUUCUGGUGAGGAAAAAAUAGCCAAAUAUACUUUAAUUAGUAAUUUGAUUGCUUCAGCUUUCGGUUUCUUAGUACUUGUUGCCUCUUAA